AUGGAGUGGAACAACUCUCGUUAUCAAGCAUUUCAUUGUCCACCUCGUAAUGAGCAUGAAGCUAUCCAUGAAGACAAAGAACAUGAUCAUAAAACCUGGCAGCCGCCGCAAAUAACUUCACUCGCUGAUGAUAGUAGUGUUGCGCCACAUCGACGGGCUUCGCCACUAAAGACGGAAUAUCCAGGCACGCUUGACAACGGAGACAGUGCCGGUAUGGCGUUCCAAUCUGCAAGCUUGCUGCAUAUGCCACAACUGGAAGAAGAAAAUGAGUUUCAGUCUUUCUAUUUGUCCCAGAAUUUUUCGUUCUCCGACAACGCUACACUGCAACAAAAUCUGCCACCUCUAUCAUCUUCCCCAUCACACCAGCAAGAACUACAAACAUCACCUCACUACCAGCUUGGUGGACCAUUUGCAAUGCAGUUGACUUCAGAAUACUCGGAGCUCCCACCAGAUUCAGCCAGUUACUAUCUACGACCAAUUUCUUUACCAUCAACGCCAACGUCAAUGCCGGAGGUAGCUACGAGGACAUCGGCGGACUACUUUCUUGAAGGUAUUUCAACUCUCCAUAGCACGCACAAUCCGAUGCCGACACCGCCAACAAGUUUUGGGUUGCUCGAGCAACAGCAACAGCUGCUGCUACCACCCGUAUUGGAAGACCAUAAUGGGAAUUUUGACAAUCGCAUGACUCAAGAGAUAACGUCGACGAUGUUUCGCUCCUCAAUGGCGCCCACGGAGCAAUGCAACUCGUCGCGGACGAUGAGGACACUUUCAAUCGACAAUUACCCAGUUCAAUCUAGUGUCAGUAGCACAGCUCCUGCUUAUUCCCCCGUUGUUGCACCGCGCGGUAGACCUAAGCGAGGAAGUGGAUUAAGAGAACCUUUUACGGAUAUGGCCACUACUCACGAGCCUAAGUUCUCACCAGACAAACGCAAGCUGUGCUGUGUGGAAGGUUGCACAAGCCAAGCUCGAGCCUUUAAUCGUUGUAAACGGCACGGCGGAUCGAAGCGCUGUUCAAGUCCAGGAUGCACUAAAAGCGUUCAAAGUCGUGGACUGUGCAUCCGCCACGGCGGUGGAUCACGAUGUCAGGAAAGUGGCUGCACUCGUGCGUCGCAAAGUCAUGGUCGAUGCAAAUUGCACGGUGGCGGGCGUCCAUGUAUCGUAGAAGGCUGUGAAAAGAAGGCUCAUCUGAAGCGUUUAUGCCGUAAACAUGGUGGUGGUACCAAGUGCUGUAUUACGAAUUGCAAAAAGUGGUCACAGCGUCAAGGCAUGUGUAUGACGCAUUCCAAGGUGGUUGGUCCGCAACCAAGUCAUAUGGAUGGUGGUGGUUUAAUUGUAUUUGAUCGAAAACCGUCACCUGCAGCAUCAAGUCCAGAUUUAUCUCCACCACCUUCAUUGGAAAUGUUUACUGAGGAGGUGUAA